UUUGUUUGUUAUUGUUGUGGAAGUUUUAAUCGGAACUUUAGUAAUUGUAAACGAACUUUGGGGGGUCAUGGAGGGUGUUGAAGUCAAAUCAUUCAAAUGUUAUAAUUUUCGUUGUAUUUUGUUUUGAAUGAGGUGACCCUCAUUCAUCUAACGCGAUUUUUGCAAUGUCUGCAAAGUCUGUGACUCAGUCAACUGCUGAUCUUCUCUCCAAUCUUCCUAUUCGACCAAAGGCAAGACGCAAGAACAAUGUUAAUGAAAUUUCCACCGAAUUUCUGAAAAUGCUCAACAUUUUCUCGAAAAAGACUCGCUUCCAACACAAACACCUCACCGCAGUCACCGAUCCAAAACGUUCGAAAAAUUCGAUGUUAGUAGUUUCAAAAGCACGAGAGCCUCGAAGUAAAGGAAAGCGGAAAACUAUCUUCAGUGACAAUGAGCCAAUGGUAAUCGAUUUAAGCAAAGCUAAUGAGCCACCUCCCGACGCAAGUCUACCGGAAAAGGAUUCUCUAGAUGCUGACCAACUUGAAGGACUUAAAUGGGAAGAGUGUCCGCCCAUCUCUCCUGUGCAGAGUAAGAAAAAUUCCAACAAGACUCCUUUACCUACAAAUAAACUUGCAGAACCCAGUUUGUCAAGAAGAAAACCAUGCCAAAACACUCCUAUCGAUAUAGUACAUACCGUAAUGACUUGGGAACCACCAAUCAUUUCUACUGCUCCGAAAAUCAAUUUGUUAGAUAUACGACAUUCUUCUUUAGUUCCCUCAGAGCCUUCUUCUCUGCGCUGUUUUCCAAAGAAGAAGCCUGAACAGGCUAAAAACACCAUCAAAUUGACAAAAGAAUCAAGAAAUUCAUCAUCUGCUGCCAGAUGUAGGAUGUUCACGAGAGUCCGUCCAUCAGAUAACUCACUAGGACAGUGCAAAGACAACAGUGCAACCUCUCAGAAGAAUUUACUUGAUAAUGUUACACCAGAUCCAAGGAAUACUUCACUACGCCCUCCAUCCAAGGAUACUGAAAGCUCCUCUGCAUCCACUGUCAACGACUUAAACCAACAACGUUGGGCCUCAGGGCUGAAUAAUCCACUUCUAAGUAUACCUCGAAAGUUUGAUAAGGUGUUUGAUUCAACAAAUCCCCAUCAACCAAGAGGUAUGCAAACUACUGCUAACAACAGCAUAAAGUCGAAAAAGACUGUUGCCAAGCGUCAGUAUAGAGGAAAAGUGUUACCAGGAACUUUUAAAAUUUUUGAGGAUAUCUCCAGACCAACAAGUGGACAUUACAGCAAACUUUUUGUUGGUGCAGCAAACACAGAGGUCUCAUCUCAAAGUUUCAAUGAAUUUACCAAGACAAUGAUGAACGAAGACCCAGUCCUAAACAGGCUCCUGAGCAAAUCUUCACUAACAGAGGCUAGAGAAAUAGCCGACAGAAAGACUCAAAGAAGUGCAUUUUCGGAUUGGGCAAGGAGGGUUGACCCUGGAGGGGCAUUGGAAACUGAAAAGCUUAAAGGUAAACUGAGUUUUGAUCACAUUUAUACACCAAUAAAUAAAGUAAGUAUAGGGAUACAAACUUCACCAGCAAAUUCACCAUCACCUCCGCACGAAACUGAAGAUAGCAGAGAGCCCUUUUCCCACAUGAAUGAUGAGACAUUUAAAAAUUCUGAUCGCUGCAUUUCAUCAUUAGGAGGCAAAAUCAAGAAUAAUGUACAAAUCCCGAAACCACAUGAAGAUAAAGCGAAAGGGCCAACAAAUGACCAUGUUGACAUAUCUGAAGUUUCAGCAUUUACGGGAACGGCAACUACACCUGCAAAUUGUCACCCAAAGCUCCAGCACCGAGAAAGGCAGACUCCAAAUGCAACAGUUUCUCUCUCUGGAAUGGAGGCUGUGUUAGAAGCUGGAUCAUUCCUUCUGAGCGGUGUGCUACCAAAUGGUUUUCACAAUAAUUCUAUGAACAAUGGAAAUUUUAAACCCUAUCCCUACGCUGAUUUGUCAAUGCAAAUUGAAAAUUCUGAUGAUCCUGUUGAAGAUGAAUAUUUUUCACCUCCAAAACCUACCACGGUCAUUUAUUUCAAAAGUGAACCAGCAUCAGACGAUGAAAACUGUGAAAAUUAUAGUGAUGAAAGGCUUCUUUUGGAGAUGCCAUCAGAAGACACUUUGGAAAUAGGAAGAGAUGCAACGAAUCCAUUGAUUGAUUGCGUAAAGGAGGAGAUGGUCCCUGAAGAAACCGUUCCAAGCGAAAAAGUACAAAAACCAAAUGAAAGCAUUGAUGCAGUUGUCAGAAUCAAAGAGGAAAUUUUGGAUGAAAAUGAACUCAAUUUUUCAGAAUCAGGUAACAGCUCUUGUGAUAUUUCUACAGGAAAAAAACCCCCAAGAGGCAGUGCAAUACACACACAAAGUGAGCCAAGGACUGGAAAUGAGUAUAUGGUUCAUGCUUUUGAAAGCCCAAGUUUCAAUGAUCUAAGAGCCACUGCGUCAUCGACUCAGCCUCAAAUCAAAAUUGAGCUUGAAAGUGAAGAUGAAAGUAUAAUGGACACAACAAAUGAAGGCAGAAUUUCAAAAGAAAUCACAGCCGACUUCUCCAAGGACAGAACGGAAGAAAUUGAUUCACUUGAUGUUUCAAUCAUGAUUAAAACUGAAAUAGAAUCGGAUACUGAAGACCAGUCAGAAGCGAUGAAUACUGAUAACAGUAAAAGAGAAAUUUCCCCUGACUCUUUGCCUAGAAGUGAACCCAGAGCUGAACUUAGAAAUGCACUUAUUUCUUCUAGCAAUGUUCCUGUUAACAAAAGAGGUGAAAAGAAGGAAACUAAGAUUUUGUUGGGGGGAACGAACGAUGAAGUCUUGAAAAAUCACUCUGAAGGCAAGUGUGUCUCAAACUUAGUACACUCUGAAAAUGGUAUGAACUCAACGUAUGUCAAUGAAUCAGAUUUGAGUCUUGUAAAAACUGAAGAUGACAUCGAAUACAAUAACAAGAUGGACACAGAUGAUUAUAGUGACAACAAUAGUGCAAUUGAUGACUUUUUUAUGAUGGAAAGUCAAAAUGAAUCUGAAACAUGCAACCUUGAGCUUGAGGAAAGUGGAAGUGAAAAAAACAACACCACGCACAGUCUGGGUGAGUUUGAAGAUGGAUCAGAAAAUAGGCAGGAAAAUUCAAAUGAAGGCAGCAUGAGUGGAAUUUGUAAAGGUGAAACUCUCGGUGCAAGCCUUAUUUUGUCUCGAUUAAAUCAAGGAAAAGUCGAAUUGAAAGGAUUUUCAUUUGAUGCAUUUGAACAACCUAAACCGUUCAUUGUCAGAAAAUCUGCUAAGCCUGUAGAAACAAGUGAUCAACAAAGCCAGACUGAGACAGUUAGUGCCUUAAUGUGGGAGCCAUUAAUGUCGUAUGAACAAUUGACGGACACAAAGUUAAUCUUCUUUACCGGCAUCAAUAAGCUCAAAUUCUCCCUCUUACAUGGUUUUCUUUUUUCAGAUCGUCGAAUUAUUACACAUAGAUUUCUUAGUGAAGAAAAUCAGCUCCUUUUAACCCUAUUCCACUACAGACACAAACCAGGGCAUGAGUAUCUGUCAGUACUUUUUGCAAUAUCGGUGUAUCAAGUCGGUCGUAUUUUAUUCAAAGUUACGCAAAAGUUCAGGGAUGCUGUGAAGGAUGAUUCAUAUUGGACUAUGAAGAGUUAUAUGUGUUCAGUAUCGCUUGUCAUGGAGUGCCAUGACUUUAUGGCUCACAUCUUACAAGCUGCCAAUCAAGAGGAUCCCUCUGAAUUAAGUUGAGUUUUAGCAUGUGUAAUGAAGAGUGCGGUAAAGUCCAAUUCACAAUAUCAAACUUCUCAACCGACAUAACCGAAGGAAAAGUUGGAUGGAAAGUCAGACGCCAAAAAAUUCUAUUUAAUUACCGUUGAAGUGUGAUGUCGUCAUCAGUCUGCUGUUUGUGAAGAUACAGUUUCAGCUCAUGUCGGUCGGAAGAUUUCAUUCCAACUUUUUGUUCAACUUUCCAUUCAAUUGGCGCAGCCAAUUGGAUGGAAGGUUGAACGAAAAGUUUAAUGUGACGUCACAUUCAAGUUUCCGUUCAAUUUUUCAUCAAAUCGUCGUUUUCUCUCAUUAGGAUCACACUAUCCAACUUUUCAUUCGACAAAUUGCAUCCAAGAGAUGGAUGAAAAGUUUGAUAGUGUAAAUUGGGCUUAAAAACGAGGCAUAAUACUAGUAACCGUAUUUUCACUCCCAAAAAAUUAGGAUCCAAAAACUGGUUACCGAUUGCCUUAUGGGUGGAGGAGUUAAGAAAUAGGAAGAUUUCUUAGUUUGAAAUUUCGAUGAACACUUUUCAAUUGUUACUGAAAGUCUGAUGUACCUACCUUAGUUCUAUAAGUUUAAGGGACUGCCAUUCCCUAUUCCAGAAACUGCUCUUACUUCCAACUUUUUUAAAUCUCCUUGCAGCUUGGUCAUUGUUCCUUUCUUGGUCCAAAAAAAAAGUAUAGCUUUUAUUUUCAAUCCAUAUUAUUCCAGCAUGAAGGAAGCACAUAUUUUAAGAUAAUGAAAUUGAGGAAUAUUUUAUUAAUAUUAAAUCGGCAAAUCAAUCAAUUUUUUUUUUUCUACUUGUUUUUACUUUUCAAUUUUUGAGCUCACAAAUGUUGAACAUUUGAAAGUCUAACAAAAAAUUUCAAGGCACUUAAUUUCACUCUUGUUCAACACCAGUAUGGAGAAUGAGGUUCUCAGAAUCUAUUACUAUUCAGGAAUUUCCAUCGCUAGAUAUCAAAGAUACUGAUAAUUAAAGUGAGAUAGAUUGAAUGUGGAGUAUGAUACAAAUUAUGAAUCUAUCAAAACUGGUAGCAUAAAACUGAAGGGUUAGAAAUUUUAGUUUCUCCUUUUGCUAUUCAGUCACGUCUAUUUUCUCUCCUUUCUUCUUACUGUUUCAAAUUCAAAGGAGUUUAAGUGUAGACUGGUGAGUUGGUUAUGAGAAAAUUAAGAUUUGGUGUCCUCUCAAUUUUUAAAUGUUCAAUCUAACCAAUCCUUUCCAUCUUUUUUGCAUACAGUGGUAAAAGAAUCAACAAAUAUAGCGCUCAUUUUAACAAAAUUUAGUUCUUAACCAAAAAAUGAACCUUUUACAAAAAAGCUGUAACAGUUCACUUGCUGCACUAAGAAUUUUUAUCGAAGAAUUUGGUUUUUUAAUAAAGAGCAGCUGUUCUCUUAAUGCAUGUGAUGUUAAAAAAAUAGGGGGGGGGGGGGUUGAAGAUCCAUGAGCGCAUAAUUGAACUUCAUCAUGAUUAACUCUUAGUUCAACCUUUGUUACCUGCACUAACCUUUUUUGAUCAAUACAUUGAGCGGCUAAAUAAAAAAUUUCAUGCCAAGUAUCACAUAUCAAUGUAGUCUUGAGCGCAGAGAGAAACUGCCAACAAAAAAUAUUAGACUUGGUCGUUGAAAUUCACUGUUCAAUCUAUUCUCACCUCUAUGUUUUUUUCUUUCUCUUAUUUUUCGAAGAAACGACGGUCUCUUAAGUUAGUACAAGAAUUUCCUCAGAUUUGUACUUCUUUUAAUCUUCAUUAAGAAUUGUUUAAUAUUGUUACAUUUAUUUUUUUCCUAGAAAAUUUGUAAAGUGUACAUAUAGUUAUUUACUGUUAAUGUUUGUAUUUCUUGUAAGAAAUAUAGUUGAAGAACUUUUAUUUUGAAAAAGAA